GAGACAAUGAAGAGAGUAGAAAGCUUACUUGAAAUUAAUGGCUGUUCCAAUGAGCAUCAAAUUCCUAAGGAGCAGUGUCCUUGUUUCAGAGAUGAAACUGCUAAUGGUGCAAAAAAUGUUAGGAAAGCUGCCUCCAGAGAAGAUUCUAAUGACAACUGUUUGUAUUGCCCAUCAGCAAAUGACGUUCAGAAUGGUGACCUUGAGCACUUUCAGAGACAUUGGAUCAUGGGAGAGCCUGUGAUAGUUAGAAAUGCUCUUGAAUUCACAUCCGGUCUAAGUUGGGAACCUAUGGUCAUGUGGCGUGCUUUUCGCAAUAUAAGUAUCAAGGAAGGUGCAUCAGAUUUGGCAGUGAUAGCGAUCGAUUGCCUUGAUUGGUGUGAGGUACAAAUUAAUAAUCAUACCUUUUUUAUGGGGUAUAAUGAAGGUCGGAUGCAUUCAAAUGGAUGGCCUGAAGUGCUGAAGCUAAAGGACUGGCCCUCAUCUACUUUAUUUGAAGAGCGGUUGCCACGUCAUUGUGCAGAAUUCAUUAGAGCCUUGCCAUACAAGGAGUACACACAUCCUUAUUCUGGUAUUCUUAAUACUGCAACAAAACUACCAAAAGAAGCGUUGAAGCCAGACUUGGGACCUAAAACUUAUAUAGCAUAUGGGUUUGUGGAAGAACUUGGGCGAGGAGAUUCCGUGACCAAGCUUCAUUGUGACAUGUCUGAUGCGGUAAAUGUUUUGAUGCAUACUGCCGAAGUGCGCAUACAGGAUUCUCAGGUUCCUAAAAUUAAAAAGUUGAAGAAAAAGUAUGAUGCUGAAAACCUAAAAGAGUUGUUUGCUGUUGGUAGAGAUGAAGGGGCUGAGAGCCCAGAUCUGGUGCCUAUAGAUAACUUCAAGUCUGCAUCAUCCAACAAUGGGCCAACAAAUGACGUUAACAAUUCUAUGGUGGAUGCAACAGAUGGAGGUGCAGUCUGGGACAUUUUCAGGCGACAAGAUGUUAACAAGCUUGAGAAAUAUCUUAGAAGGCACCAUAAGGAAUUUAGGCAUCUACGUUCAGAACCAGUGGAGCAGGUAUUUCACCCAAUCCACGAUCAAGUUUUCUACUUGAACACAUACCAUAAGAGGAAGCUCAAAGAGGAGUUUGGUGUUGAACCUUGGACGUUCAUCCAGAAACUUGGAGAAGCAGUUUUCAUUCCUGCUGGGUGUCCUCAUCAAGUUAGAAAUAUUAAAUCUUGUAUAAAGGUUGCUCUUGAUUUUGUUUCACCCGAAAAUGUAAUGAAGAUGACUUUACAUGCAAUCCGAGGUGCUUUGGAUGAACUGGAGAAACUAGAAGCAAAAUAAUAUAAAAAGUAAUGUUGAUGCUGGAAAUUAAUCAGAGGUUUAUAGAUAAUGGUAUGGGCAUUUUGUUGUUUUUGCUAGCUUUAACUGCCCCUUUUU